UUGCCAUAACCUACGAUAUCACACUUCGAGGCCUCCCGCGGGAGACCAACUUCAAUGAGCUUCACAACGAUCUCUCUCAUGGAUUAGUUUCGUAGCUUUCUAAUCUCUCUUUCAUAACUUUCAUUCUCUCAAACUCAAAACACUCGAAAGAUCUUUACACUAGCUUUUAGCGUAGUGCAGAUGGUCGCUUCGAUGGGAAGAAAGAAGUCAUCGGAAGAUCCGUCCGCGAACAGGUGGUCGAACGGAUCGUCGAACGGAUCGUGGACUCGCUGCCACUGCGGCUUCAAGUCUGAUCAACAAGAGGAACAUGGUCAUCGUGGAGACGUCUUCAAGAGGAGCCGCUGUAAAGAGGAGAUAACAUGACACCUCCUCUUCCACGUCGGAGCAACGACACCACUACCGUUAAUGAAACAACAAGCCACUACUUCUAAUACAACAAGCGGCAGCUACCACUGCACUGCUUCGUGCGAUCGACUGGGAGCUCAUCAACAACAAAGCAAAGGCUUGGACUUUCCUGGCAGACCAGAUUUUCAGGUAGAUGCGGGAAUAGAAGAGAAUUCUAACCCAAUAUAUACCAUACCUACCUGUACACACUCCCAGAUUCUGGGAGUGGGGUCUCCCAGAUUCUGGGAGUGGGGUCUCCCAAAUUCUGGGACUCCGAGCGUUAAAUUUUUGGGCUGUAGCGCUGGUACACUUUCUACGUGUCUCACCCACUUCCUUAAUUAAACUCGUACUUCAAACCGUGAAAGAAGGACACAUGCCAUUUUAGCCUCUUUGGCAAUUUUAAUUAAAAAGGAAUUCUCCAUCGUCUUUGAAGAAAUCGUUUGCCAAUCCAACCGGCCCCGUCAAUCAACCGCAUAAAUAAAUAAAUUUCAGCCAUGAACGGUACCAGCCAUGCUACGGUGGCCUUUCGUACUUCUGACAUGGACAAGCUCCUUGAAACUACCAGCUGGUACUUGAAACAACAACCAUGAACGGUACGAGCCAUGGUACAGCGGCCUUCAGUGCUUCUGGCAAUUCGAGGCUAAACCUUCAGACUCGUGACUCCGGCAGCCUUUUCCAAUCUCUCGCAGCUCUCUCUGCUCGACCCUCAGACGUGGACCCGUUUGCGGAAUGGCAGCAGUCAAACGAGAUCAAGCUCCCUUGUGGCAGCUGUGAACUCAGCUGUGACAGAUGAGAGAGGAUGCUUUUAAUGCUGGGUGCUUUACUUCGCAACGGAAAGGUGCAGCCGAGGUUUGAGGUUCCACCCACAAAAUUUUUUGCUUGCUGAUCGACAUCUGCACGGUUUCUAUCCUGUCCACGAGACCUCUGGCCUAGCGUACAGAAACGAAUAGUACGCAAAAAUUGAAUUGAAUCGAAUCAGUACCACGCCCACCCAAAUAAACCAGACUUCAAAGAUGAUUGUUUCCUUUCUAUGGGGAACAGUUGCUACAUUGAUGUUGGCCUCAUCAGUUUCCUCGACGAAUUUCUUGAGGAGCACCAGUGGAGCCAAUCAUGGUGUCAUGGAUGAGAUGAUUCGACGCGCCUCUGGUUAUUGGGCAAAUGGAACUCGGCUUGUACGCACAAAGGUUGGAAAACCCACCAGGACCUUGGUGGCGGUGGAAAUCUUUGGUCAGACAUAUGACACUGACACUACAACAAGCAUGGUUCAUCGCCGCCAGAAUGGUGGCAUCCCCACUGACCUGGGUCUUUUUACCAAGCUUACUUUUUUGGAUUUGCGUUUCAAUGUUUUGCAAGGUCCUAUCCCGACUGAGCUUGGGGCACUAACAGCAUUGGAAGAAAUGUUGAUGGAUUCGAAUAGGCUUACAGGAACCCUUCCAACACAUCUAGGAUUGUUGACGUUGAUGUCUUCUUUGAGUUUUGCUUUCAACGAUUUAACAGGAACAAUUCCAACAGAGCUAAACCAAUUGACAAACCUUAAAGAGGUGUAUUUGGAAGGGAAUCAGCUGAGUGGAACUGUUCCAAAUGGAGUUUGUGCUUCUGAAACUCUGUCUGUGGGUUGUGGACUGACAUGUUCCGGAAACGGUUGUCCUUGUGAAAGGGUAGAUGGAAAUGCCCCUUGUCCAGCACAACCAACUGAGCUCCCCACUCCAUCACCCACCGCGACUCCAACGUUACAACCAACAGAUGAGCCUACUGGAUCACCCUCGGAAGCCCCAACAACAACGCCUACUGGGCUCCCAACUCAAUUACCCACGGGAUUUCCAACAUUACAACCAACACCUGUGCCCUCUGGAUCACCCUCUAAUGCCCCAACAACAACAUCCACAGCGAGUCCUUCGGAAUUGCCUACGAGCACCUUGGGGGGCAAUGCUGGGGCAGAUGCAACACCUUCUCCGUCAGGUGCACCCUCAACCAGUCCCAGUAUGUUGCCCUCAAUCAGUCCAAGUAAGGUACCGUCACAACAACCAUCAGCUUCACCAUCAGCUUUUCCAAGUAAAUAUCCAAGUAUGGUACCGUCAAAACAACCAUCAGCUUCACCCUCAGCCGUUCCGAGUAAAUUGCCAUCACAAAUACCAACAACGGCUUCUUCAUCACCCUCAGUCAUUCCAAGUGAAUCUCCUAGUAAAUUGCCAUCACAACCACCAUCAGCUUCUAUAUCACCCUCUGUCAAUCCGAGCAAAUCUCCAAGUAAGCUACCAUCACAAGCACCAUCCGCUUCUCCAUCACACUCAGUCAGUCCAAGUGAAUCCCCAACACAAUCAUCGGCCCCUCCAUCAACUUCACCCUCUGGUACACCAACUAGUUACACACCUGGAUCCCCAACUCGAGGACCCACACGAAAUCCAACACGAAGGCCUACUCGAAGACCCACCAACAACCCAACUCAAAGACCCACUCGGAAUCCAACACGAAGGCCUACUCGAAGACCCACCAACAACCCAACUCGAAGACCCACAAGGAGCCCUACCCAGGGCCCAACUUCGCCAGCAGUGGUGAUCUUUGGCAUCACCUAUAACCCUGACAGCGCAACGUCUAUAUCACGAAAUUAUGCGGGUCUGACGGGGCAAAUCCCAACAGAGAUUGGUCUUCUUACCAAGCUCACUUAUUUGAGUUUGGGGGGCAACUCAUUGACAGGUCCAGUCCCUACGCAGCUUGGAUCUCUCAGACAAAUGCGCUCAUUACGCUUCUAUUCAAACGGACUUACUGGAACUCUCCCAACUCAUCUUGGAUUGAUGACCUUAAUGACUUCUUUGUGGUUGUAUUCAAACCAAUUCACUGAAACAGUCCCUUCAGUGCUCAGUGAAUUGAUCAAUCUCCGAUGGGUAUACUUGAACGGAAAUGGAUUUUCUGGCACUAUUCCUUCAGAGCUCAGCCAGUUGACUUCCCUUUAUAAUCUAGAUCUUCACAGCAACGACCUGAGUGGCACGGUUCCAAAUGGAAUUUGUGUCUCCAAUAGGUUGCAGGUAGACUGUGAGGUGACCUGUGCUGCCAACAGUUGUCCAUGCACCUAUGCGGAUGGUCCUUGUGCACCAAGACCAUCACCACCAUCACCUCCUCCAUCAGCUUCACCAAGCUCUGUGACAGAUGUGGGGAUCUUUGGCAGGGCCUAUGACCCUUACACAACAACGCGAGUGGAUCUUUAUGAUGAGGGUCUGAUGGGCACAAUCCCAACAGAGCUUGGUCUCCUUUCUAUGCUAACUCAUUUGAAUUUGGGUGCCAACCAACUAUCAGGCGCAAUUCCUACUGAAGUUGAGGCAUUGACAGCAUUGCGGAGUUUUCUUAUGUUUAGCAAUCGCUUAUCAGGUCGACUCCCGACCCAACUUGAAUCUUUGACUCUGUUGACCGAUUUGUCUUUGCAUAUCAACCAGCUGUCGGGUCCACUCCCGUCACUGCUUGGAUCUCUAACUGCAAUGAAGCAUUUGUCUUUGAGAAUCAACAAACUUACUGGAGAAAUCCCAUCUCAACUUGCAUCUCUCACAUCACUGGAAGAGUUGGAGUUGGAUUAUAACCAACUUACAGGGCCCAUUCCAACGCACAUUGGUUACCUCACAGCACUGGAUACGCUAGGGUUGACAUGGAACCGACUUUCUUCUGCAAUUCCAACUCAUCUUGGAUUGUUGACAGGGUUGAACAGCUUGUUGCUGAGAGGGAACCUAUUGUCGGGCAGUAUUCCCACUCAUCUUGGCUUGUUGACUUCAAUGUCUUCAUUGUGGCUGCAUUUAAACAGGCUCACAGGAACCAUCCCCACAGAGCUCAGUCGCAUGAAUUUCCUCUAUGAUGCAUGGUUGAAUGAUAAUCAGCUGAGCGGCACAGUCCCAUAUGGGCUCUGUGUUUAUGAUACUUUGAGGGUAGAUUGUGCGGUGAGCUGUGCUGCAAACAGCUGCCCGUGCACCAAUGUGGAUGGUCCUUGUGGAGUAACACCACCCACCCAAGCACCACAGACUCCAGGUGGUGGUAGUCCCACACUUCUACCAUUAACCCUUCCACCAGCGCCUCCAGGUGGUGGUAGUCCCACACUUGUACCAUUGCGUCGUGACCUCUUCUUGGCUUCGGAAGGUCUGCUUGAUGAUGACGACGAUGAUAAUUCACCUUGA